AUGAAGCUCAUCGAUUUCUUCGGCCCCAAAUCGCGUCCCAUUGGUGACGUCCCGAGAGGCAAGGUCCACUCGCCGCCGUUCAUGGGUUCUUCGCAUCUGCGCGAUCACAAGGAGAAACCCAUUGGCGACCACCUGAGAGGCGUGGUCCGCUUGCCGCCGUUGACGGGCUCUUGGUGGCGUGUUUCUUAUCUGCACGAUCAGGAGAAGAAUUGCGACGAAGGGGCCAGAGAAAUUUCAUCCCCAGGAGUGGUGGUGGCUCGCGAAUUCUUCCCCCUCACUCCUGAUCAGAACAGGAAGGAAGUCGGUGGCCCUCGUCAAGAAAUCGUUCCCGCCCAACCGAAGCGAAAAUCCGUGGCCUCACCUACGGUCGCUGAAACCUUAAUUGUUGAGAAGAAGCCAAAGUACAAUAGAACGCAAAAGGAGAAGAAAGAGGCCUCAGGAUGUGAUACAGAGGAUGAAAGACGCAAUGGCGUUUCCACAGAAUUGGUGCUGCUCUACGACCCUUAUAAGAUCAAGAAGAAGCUUACACAGAGCGAUCUCGGCCACCUGUCGAGGCUCUUGAUCGGGCGGGACUUUGUGACGAGCCACUUGCUCCGAUGGAUGAGCGAGGAGAUAGUGAGGCAAGUUGAGAGCGGCAAGGGGGCCGACGUCAUCAUGAGGGACGCGGACACAUGCUCGGAGCAUCAACUGGUGUUCGUGUUCUGGGCAUCAUCUGGGUCCUACGUCUUCAAGGGUGGUUGGAUCAAGGAAUUUGCGAAACGGAGGAGGUUGGCGGCUGGUGAUGAGAUCGGGAUAUAUUGGGAUCCUAGUGCUAGCAAGUUUCACUUUAGCCUUCUUCACAAGGCGAAUUAG